GGCGGCGGCGGCGGCGGCGGCGCGGGCCCGGGGCCCGAGGCCGGGGACUUCCUGGCCCGCUACCGGCAGGUGUCCAGCAAGCUGCGGAAGCGGUUCCUGCGGAAGCCGAACAUGGCGGAGGCGGGCGAGCAGUUCGCGCAGCUGGGCCGCGAGCUGCGCGCGCAGGAGUGCCUGCCGUACGCCGCGUGGUGCCAGCUGGCCGUGGCGCGCUGCCAGCAGGCGCUGUUCCACGGGCCCGGGGAGGCGCUGGCGCUGACCGAGGCCGCGCGCCUCUUCCUGCGGCAGGAGCGCGACGCCCGCCAGCGCCUCGCCUGCCCCGCGGCCUACGGGGAGCCGCUGCAGGCCGCCGCCAGCGCGCUGGGCGCCGCCGUGCGCCUGCACCUGGAGCUGGGCCAGCCGGCCGCCGCCGCCGGCCUGUGCCUCGAGCUGGCCGCCGCCCUGCGCGACCUGGGCCAGCCGGCCGCCGCCGCCGGCCACUUCCAGCGCGCCGCGCAGCUGCACCUGCCGCAGCUGCCCCUGGCCGCGCUGCAGGCGCUGGGCGACGCCGCCUCCUGCCAGCUGCUGGCGCGCGACUACAGCGGCGCCCUGGCCGUCUUCACGCGCAUGCAGCGCCUGGCGCGGGAGCACGGCAGCCACCCGCUGCGGCAGCCGCCCCCGGCCCCGCCGCCGCCCGCCCCGCCGCUGCCCCUGGCCCCGCCGGCGGCGGCGUCGUCGUCGUCGUCGUCGUCGUCGUCGUCGUUGUCGGCCCCGGCCCCGGCCCCGCUGGGCCCCGGCGCCGCCCCGGCCCUGCCCGCCGCCCCGCUGCCUGCCGGCGCCGCGCCCGCGCCCGCCACGCUGGGCGCCUUCUCCGACGUGCUGGUCCGCUGCGAGGUGUCCCGCGUGCUGCUGCUGCUGCUGCUGCAGCCGCCGCCCGCCAAGCUGCUGCCCGAGCACGCCCACACGCUGGAGAAGUACUCCUGGGAGGCCUUCGACGGCCACGGGCCCGACGGCGGCGGCCAGCUUCCCGACGAGCUCUUCCUGCUGCUCCAGUCCCUGGUCAUGGCCACCCACGAGAAGGACACGGAGGCCGUCAAGUCGCUGCAGGUGGACAUGUGGCCGCUGCUCAGUGCGGAGCAGAACCACCUGCUGCACCUCGUUCUGCAGGAAGCCGUGUCCCCGUCGGGGCAGGGCGUCUGACGGACGAGUCGGCGCGCGCCAGCCCCGAAGCCGCUUUCCGCCUCUGGCCGCGUGCCCGGCAUCUGCCCCGCCGUCCGACCGCGGGCGGGCGGGCGGGCGGGCGGGCGGCGGUGCCCACGGACGGGCGGGCAGGGGCCCGGCA